CUCUCUCGUAGCUAAGGGAGACCAACGUAGUUAUGCGUCCUUCCUGCGUACGGUUGCUAUCGGAGACCUACCCAAUAAGCAAACUCCAGGAGCAUCAUAUGAAGAGGGAGAGUUAAAACUGCGAAAGAGACGUGGUCACGUGGGUUAGUGAAAGGGCCGCCUCGGGAAUCUGCGGCUAGUGUAGGAUUUCUCAGCGACUGGGCGACGGAAAGACGGUCAGGAGGCCUUGGUGGGGUGGGAGAAUUUUGUGGAACUAAUUUAAUGUGGGGGUGAGGGAGGCGCCUGGGCUGCUGUUACAGCCCGGUGGCUUGGCGCGUUCCUGUUCUUUAUCUGGCCACGCUGGUAAAUCACGCUGGUAACAGAACAACAUUCAAAUUGGUCUCUUCCACUGUAAGUUCCCCUUGAUUGAACAUCCUGGAAUCAGUCUGUAUACCAUACCUGCAAUUUAUUUCGUGCUCUGAAUGGCUGCUGGAAAGGGAUGUACAGUCUGAUGGCCAAUUGCUGCAGCUGGCUAAAGCGGUGGCGAGAGCCUGUCAGGAAGGUGACAUUGAUCAUGGUGGGUCUUGAUAAUGCUGGGAAAACUGCAACGGUAAAAGGAAUCCAGGGAGAAUCCCCUGAAGAUGUGGCUCCAACAGUUGGCUUUUCUAAAAUCGACCUUAAACAAGGAUGGUUUGAAGUCACAAUUUUUGACUUAGGAGGUGGAAAACGUAUCCGGGGCAUCUGGAAGAAUUACUAUGCUGAAUCCUAUGGAGUAAUAUUUGUUGUGGAUUCAAGUGAUGUGGAAAGAAUGGAAGAGACAAAAGAAACAAUGUCAGAAGUUCUAAGACAUCCCAAGAUAUCAGGGAAACCUGUAUUAGUAUUAGCAAAUAAACAAGACAAAGAAGGUGCCUUGGCAGAAGCAGAUGUGAUUGAAUAUUUAUCUCUUGAAAAGCUUGUCAAUGAGCACAAAUGCCUCUGUCAGAUUGAGCCUUGUUCUGCUAUUGUGGGCUAUGGAAGAAAAAUUGACAAAUCAAUAAAAAAAGGUUUACUUUGGCUAUUACACACUAUAGCUAAAGAUUUUGAUGCCUUACAUGAAAGAAUUCAGAAAGACAUCACAGAACAAAAAGCCAUUGAAGAACAAGAGAAACGAGAGCGAGCAGAACGAGUGAGGAAGAUAAGGAGAGAAAGAGAACAGAAAGAGAGAGAAGAAAGUGAACGGGAAGGAAGGAGCAUUUUGGAUGAAGUGGACUCUGAGCUAGUAACUGGAAACCCAUUUCAGCCUAUAUCAACUGUAAUCACCAAGAAUGAAAAGAAAAUUGAAAAAGAGAAGAAGAGGCAAAGGGAAGAGAAUGAAAAGAUUGCUAUUGCCUUGAAACCUAAAACAAAUCAGGAGAUAAUAGACAUUCAGAGUCUGAACAGUGAACAAUCCAAGGAACAGAGACUGAUAGAAAACUAUAAAUCUGCACUAACACAACAAUUGGAACAUGAUGAUGAGAAUGAGCAGCAUAUUUCAGAAAGUCUCGACUCUGGUGAUAACGCCACUUUGAAUUCAGGAACAGAAAACAGUAAAAAGAAAUCAAAGAAACUAAAAUUAAAAAGGAAUCACCGAGUUGAACCAGUCAGUACAGAAGAAAUUGUUUCCCCACUUCCUACAACAAUAGCAGCUCUUACACCAGUGGGAUGGGAAACACCUAAAAUUAACAGAAUCCGGAAACUUGAGCCUCUUGGUGAAACUCAUCAUAAUGGAGUAUAAAGAAAAGAAAACGAGGGAAAGGACAGAAAAAGAGAUUUCUAUGGAAAGCCAUUGCCUCCACUUGCUGUACAUCAAAGACCGAACAGCGAUACCCAUGAUGUCAUUUCUUAACUAGCAGUCAUGUUGCAGCUUUCAAGAGGAAUCUAAAAUACAUUACAUUACACAUUGCUUUCUUUUUUGAUGAGACACCUGUUAUUCUUGCAAAUUGCUAGGCAAGGGCAGCAAGAUUACAUUGGGAUUCCUGGUAAGGAUGGUUCUUUUAAAUGUUAAGAAUCCUGCUUCCUCAAUUUACCAGCUGCUCUUCAAAGUUGAUAUGAAGCAAGAAAACUCAUACAAGCAGAAUUCUUGGAAAAAGAGCUGACAACAGGAUUUUUAUUACCCUUGCUGGAAAUAAUACUUUCAACACCAAACUCAACUUAAUUAUGCAUAUACAUAGUUGUUGUUUUUUUCCAGUUUGGUUAAGUACUUUUGUAUAUUCAAUACUUCAAGAAGUUUUUUUUAACUAUAUGCAUGUUCAAAUGGGGAAAAUAUGAACUGUACAUUUAAACGAUUUGAUAUAUUUUUCUAGUAUUUUAUUUGUUUUUAACAGACUAUUUGGUCAACAGAACUAUUUUAAAAUUCUAAAAUGCAUACCUAUAUUCAUAAGUAUCUACUUUAUUUUUUGGAAAAGCAAUAUACUUGUGUGUGUCUUGCUUCACAAUUUGCCUAGUUGUUAAUUAUGUUGUUUUGUCUUUGUCCUUGAUCUGCCUGGAAAAAAAAGUGUGAUGAAAGGAAACUAUAUUCAUGUUUCCCUUAAUGGGAAAGAAAACAUUUCAGGAGUUAGUUCUGACCAUUAAUUUUGUGUUCUUGGAGCUAGAGGGAGGAUGAGAAUAAAUUCAGCCAUCUUCUUUUUGACUUUCCAAUAGAUAUUAAUAAAUAUCCUUCAACUAUAGGGCUUAAUGUUCAUGGCCACAGAUCUUGCAGUAAUCAUUUCAUCUUUGGGAACAUACAAAUACUACAGCUUGGGUAUUUUGGGGUGAGCAGAAGUAUAAAUGUAGCAUCUAAUUACACCUCCUUACACCAAAUAUAACAAAUGUUUCUUCUCUCGGGCUUAUGUGGCAUUUUAAAGAGUUGCAGACAGGUGCAGUUCAUGCUUCUGCACAAUCCAAGGCACCUUUUUGGCUUUGAAUCCAAUUACCCUAGAGCCUUUAUGUCAUCCAUGGAAACACAUUUCCCCAUUAAGUUAGGGGUUCCUCGUGUGUUAGAAUAAAUGGAAUUGUUUUUAUCAAAAAUUAUGGUAUCUUUCUCCCCUGAAGACUUUCCAUUGCUUCAGUUCUUAGUAAUUGCAAAUCGAAUAAUUUCAGAAAUGAACAUUUCUAGGAGUGUGUAACUUAGUGCAUAUGCACUUCUUAAAAACAGUACAAUCCAGUUUUUACUUUCUUGUCAGUUGGGUAUAAGUGAUAAAUGAUCAGAAUUCCUAUAUGAUCAGAGGUUUCUCUGUAUGCUCAGAUAGUGAGAACAGAUGCAUACAAACUGCAUAAAGCCUCUUAGUACUAAACUGAACAGGAAAGUCUGUGAAUAUAGUGAGGUUUGAGGUAUAUACCAGAGCCUUCUGGAUCUUUGGAAAUUCUCACCCUCUAACAAUGUAUUAUUCAAAAGCUUCUGUUUCUUUGCAGUCUAAAUUUAUGUUUGAAUUCUUUUUGAUGAUAGCAAUGUCCAUAUUAAAUAACUUGUCCAGUUGAACCCUUUCGUACAUGAUUUGUAUCUAUCCUAAACUCAAUUGAAAUAGCCUUACAGACAUAAUCAGCUGCAUACAUAAAAGCUGAAUGAGCUUGCUUUUGUAAGACUACUUUCUGUUUAAUUCAAAACUGCAUAAUUGGAUGUGCAUAGUUGAUCCCACAUAUAGUUCCAAAAUGUUUGAUUUUUUUAGAUUAUAUACAAAAAUGGAAGAUUGUUUUCCAUUUUCCUUCAGAAAUUAAAUGUUCUUUCCUUUUAGUUAACACUGAAAACUAUUAAGGACUGUCCUACUUUCUUGAAGCUCAAAAACAUUUUUUUCUCUCUCUUAAGGCUUAUGCAGUAAGACUUCCUUCUUACCUGUGCUGUAUUUUUCUCCACCUCCAGUCCUCAAAAUCUGUUUCAGAUAGAAGAUUUUCUGUCUGGAGAUUUUGAGGGCAACUCAUGGUUAGGAAGAAUUAUUUACCUCCUGUUUUAUCAGUGGAAAUAUAUUCAAUAAUGAAGUAUAUUAAUGGGAUUUUUUAUUUUUCUUGUUAUAAGAUGCGUAAGCACUAUUAGGAAUGUGUCCUUAAUAUGUUGACUUUCCUUGUGUUUAUUAUGUUUUUUUUUAUUUAUUGAAUAGUUCAUUUAAUGUUUUUAUAUGUAUGAAAUAAAGAUACAUAGGAAUGUGAUUUAA